AUGACUGCCAGCCCGGAACCGGAGUUCAAGCUGCCAUUCGAGGCGUAUCCCUCGCAGAAGAAGUUCAUGCAAGAUGCGUAUACGUGCUUCGAGGAAUCCCGCUUCGGGCUCUUUGAGUCCCCGACCGGAUCGGGGAAGACCAUCGCAAUCCUGUGUAGCGUUCUCACCUGGCUCAGGGAUAACCGGGUGAAUGACGCCAUCUCUAGGUUGGAACUCAAAGCGGAGCACGGUUGGUUUCGGCUGAGCGGCAUCCAGACGUUGGCAGACGAUGGCGUGCCUGCAUGGGUACGGCGGAGCAUGGAAGCGCAACUCCGAUCAAUUGCGGAGGAGGCCAUCACAACUGAGAUUAGUCACCUGACUGCUACUCGGCAGCUGUUGAGGAGCGACUUCAUCAUAACGGACGAAGGGGUGCGGCUCAGGCCCGGUGCCAAACGCGGACGGGAUCAGGAUGCCACCUCGAGCAACCGCUCAAUCUCUGAUGCGAGACCGGCCAGGAGGAAGAUCCAAAUCGUCAUCUGCAGCAGGACGUUUUCGCAGCUAAAUCAGUAUGUGAAAGAGUUCCGAAGGUUGGGAGCGCUGGGUGAGCACGUUAAGAUUGGCAUAGCGGCGGGGCGUAACCACACAUGCGUCAGCCCCUCCGUGCGGGCUAAGUGCCACACGAACGAGGAGUUCAACGAGCGAUGCCGGCAGGUCACCUGUGAGUACCGCCAAGAUGUGUCGCCACUGGUUGAGGCUUCCAUGUGCUUCCCAAUGGACCUGGAAGACCUCCGGGCGGUCGGAACUGGGCUGUGCGCGUGCCCCUACUAUGCCUCCGCGCAAAGCAUGGCCGAGUGUGACAUCAUCCUCGCGCCAUACGUGUCCGUAUUCAACCCAUCCAUUCGGCAGCACACGGGCAUCGCGACCGAUGGAAAUGUACUUAUCGUUGACGAGGCACACAACCUGGUCGGUGCGGUAACCGAGGCUCAAUCGAGCGUAAUACACCCCAAGGCAAUGGCGGCACUCGCCCAGCAAUGCAGGUCGUUUAGGGACAAAUACAGGGGUGAAAUUAACGGUGGUGAUGAAACUAUCGCAAGUAUUGAAAGGGUCGCCGGCAUCCUCUCUAAAUGUGGGAAGGCACUGAGCGCCGCUACCGGUUCCCCUCGCGUGUUCUCCAUACCCGGCUUCAUGAUUGAGAUGGGACUCGACGAUACCAAGUUUCACGAGAUUGUCUCGUUUAUGGUCUCGGGCGAUUUCUGCAGGCGUCUAAGGGCAUUGGCCGAGCGGCUGUGGGCGUCCAAAUGCAAAGGAGUUGUUGCAUCUACCGAUCACUCGAAUCGCAACCCACAUCUUUAUGCCGUAUACGAUUUCCGGCACUUCGUUACAACUUUGCUGUCGGCGAGCGAGCACGAUCGCGUUCUAGUUACUUCGGAGGCGGGCGACGAGACCAUCGAGAUCUUCAAUCUGGCUGCAGAUGAGCAGGGUCUGGAGUUGGUGUAUGACAGCAGCUCAAGGGAGGGCGGGCGCGAGUUGUCGGCGCUGUGCAGGGUCGUCGAAGCCGCUGCAUCGGUCACACCAAAUGGGAUCCUCUGCUUUGUGUCGAGCUACGGGUUCCUGAAGAAUUUUCAGGUCGCGUUUGAAAGCUCGCCAGAGAGAGCCAGGGUCCUCCAACACAAGGCAGUGUUCUUCGAAUCGCAAGGUGCGUUGACGGAUGCGCGCUGGCAAAGUGGUACAGACAAGGGCGGCUCUGUCAUCGCGGAUUACUCCAAGCAGGCUCUUGGUAGAGGAGCGGUACUGUUCGCAGUGUAUGGUGGAUCGCAGAGCGAGGGCGUGGACUUCGCUGAUGGGCUCGCACGCUUGGUCAUAUUAGUGGGUCAGCCGUACCCACCCGAGGGGAUCAAGCUGCAGCUGAAGAGAGAGUACUUCAGGGCCAAGGCGAAGCAGGAGAGCCUGUCGCGAUCUCAGCGAGACGUUUAUGCCAGGUUGGCAGACGAUAUGAAGACCAUCAUGUGCUUCAAAACCGUCAACCAAAGCAUAGGCAGGGCGAUGAGGCAUAAAGGGGACUACGCCGCCAUCGUGUUGUUAGAUGCCAGAUACAAAAGCGCGAAAACUCAGAGAUGGUUGCCUGCAUAUGUUAGGCAAGCACUUUCUAGGGACACAAAACCAAGUAGUGCACCAAAUGAAGUUGCGGGCUUGAAGCAAAAUCUCGCCUUAUUUUAUAAAUCUAAGAACAAACAAUAA